CUGCCGGCUGGCUGCAGUCUACCGUCUGAUAGCGUUUCUUGCGCACUCAAGAUGGCUUGGCUCUGCUCAACCCCACAGCCUCUUGGGCCAUCUUGGGCCUCGGAACCUCUUUAGUGCGGGAGUUCGGGCCGCAGGCGGCGGGCUAGCAGAACUUCUGGAUGGACCCUUCCUGGGAAGCUUUGCUGAUGUGCAGCAACUGGGCAGUGCUCCUCAUCAUUAACAUCUGUCUGUCAGCCUAGUCCCGCGUCAUUUCACUGUGGUGGCAUAUACUCAGCUCCAAAUUCUGUGUAGAAAAAAACACCUGGAUCCCAGUCUUAUAAUGGCUUCAAGACAGCCAGGAGUGCCUGCUCUUGCGCCCAGUGGGCCCCUAGGCAAGAUGUCCCUGCCCAUCGGGAUGUGUCGCCGGGCAUUCAGCUAUGAUGAUGCCCUAGAGGACCCUGCACCCAUGACUCCUCCUCCAUCGGACAUGGGCAGCAUCCCCUGGAAGCCUGUGAUUCCAGAGCGCAAGUAUCAGCGUCUUGACAAGACAGAGGAAGGAGCGGCCAGUGUCUCUUCCCUUGCUGUGACUCCAUCAACAGCCACUGACAAUUCAGACAACGCCCCCGUGGUGAAGGCUAAAGCUACCCAUGUCAUCAUGAAUUCCCUGAUCACAAAACAGACCCAGGAGAACAUCCAGCGUUUUGAACAACAGGCAGGACUGAGAGAUGCUGGCUACACACCCCAUAAGGGCCUCACCACCGAGGAGACCAAGUACCUCCGAGUGGCAGAAGCACUCCAUAAACUAAAGCUGCAGAGUGGGGAGACAAGAGAGGAGAAGCACCCUGCCUCAGCCCAGUCCAGCCCGAGCAGCACCCCUCACGCAUCCCCUAAGCACAAGUCGAGAGGCUGGUUCCCCUCUGACUCUUCCUCAGCCUUACCUGCCCCCAAUCCUCACACCAUGGAUCCUGGGAGUGGAAAUGACAGGAGCUCAGCAGACAAAUGGAGCCUCUUUGGACCUCGACCCACGCAGAAGUCUGAUCCUGGUUUUGCCAUCCAGGCUUACAAAGGUGCACCGAAACCCUCUCCUAUGGAGCUCAUGCGUGCCCAGGCCACACGAGUAGGUGAAGAUUCAGCAACCUUCAAGCUGCCUAAGAUGGAUGUCCCAACGGUAGAAGGGAAGAAACCACCACCUCGAGCCCAUAAUAUCAAGCCCCGUGACCUGAAUGUGCUCACACCCACUGGCUUCUAGUAUGCUUGCUGUCCAGGGUCUUCCGUUUCCCCUGGGCUCUGACAUAGGAGUGAUGUAGUUAACUGAGGCCUGAGUGACUUUGUGCAGAUUGUCCUUGUGUGAGAGAAACCAUUUUGCACUGCUUUCAGGUUAGUAGAAAAUGUCAGAGGUGUAGAGUGGAGACCCUAUUAUUAUUAUUAUUUUUAAAAUCAUUUAUCCCAGAGAAGGGACUCUGAUCCUUGCUCUCCUAGGUAAAUAGUGCUGGUGCGCUUCUGAAACUAAAGCCUCUUGAUUCUUUUCCCAUGUUCAACAUGAGCAGUGACAAAUCAUGAC